AUGACACCACACGGGCCGCCUUUCGACUUCGACCUCAACGAGCCGCCGCCGCCAGAGAACGACGGCGUGGACGGCAUGUCCGCAGUGCCGGUGCCGGAACCCUCGGUGCAGCAAGAUCCGCUGCCGCUUGCGCCGGUGCCGGAACCCUCGGCGCAGCAAGAUCCGCUGCCGCCGCCUGCGCCGGUGCCGGCGGAGCCGACGACGGCGCACGUCGCGCUGCCUGCGCGAUCGCUAGCGCUGGCGCCGGAGGCCUCGCCGGACGAGCCUCUCCCUGCGCGAUCGCUAGCUCCGGCGCCGGACGCCUCACCGGUCGACCCUCUCCCUGCGCCGCUGCGGGCCGCACCGGUGCCCGUGCCCUCGCCGCAUCAUCAUCUGCCGUCUCCGUCUCCGGUGUUAGACCUGGAGGCACCGCUGUCUUCUCUCGACGACGAGGACGAAGACGAGGCGGACCUGCCUCUGCCCCCGCCCCCACCGCUCCCCCUGCCCCCGCCCCCGCCCCCGCCGCCGUCAUGGUACGCGCCCACGGCGGUUGUUUCCUCUGGCCGUCAGGGCGACGCGGCGCGGCAGUACUCGUCGCCCGAGACUUGGGCGCCGCGCGGUCGCUCCAGGGCGGCGACGGCGAGCGACACGACGUCCUCCCAGAUGUCGCGGCGCCGCAGGCCCUACUCCUGCGACGACGCGAUCUCCAAGCAACGUCGCGUCGUCGUCGACUACGACGAGGACGGCGGGUCGCCCGCCCGAUCCCGAAGCGGGAGCCGUCGUCGCUCGGAAUUCGGGUCCCCGCGCCGCUACGAGCGCUCGGAACCCGCCCCGCCGCGUCAUCACUACUACGAACAACAAGACGGUGGACGGCAUGCGCCGGUGGCGGAUGGGCAGCCGGUCGCGCUCGCGCCUGCGAGGAACCGGCGCCGGCGCCGGCGGGCGCAGAGGCCGCAGCACGGUGGCCCAGUGCAGAGGCAGCAGGGCUUCCGAGGCCAAGAAGGAAGGCCGCAGGUCCAUCAUGGGCCUCAUCAUGGCCCAGAAGUGCCAAAGGUGGGCUACGCUUCGUACCACCCGCCGUCUGGAUCGUUGGUCAGGCGUGACGCGUCCGGUGGCCGGGUGAGUCCGGAGCAAGAACGAGUGCGAGCCACCGGCUGGGACCGUCGUCCGUGCAGGGAAAACGACGACGCGCCUCCUUUCAGGCCGCCGUCGUCGUCGUCUUCUCGACCACCGCACGGCAGGGACGACGGUUCGUACGGCGGAAGGCACAUUGUUCCUCCCCCGGAAGAAAAAACCAUCACCGGUGGUGGCGGACAUCAUCAUCAGCAAACAAAGGCUCCUCCUCGUGGUCGUGAUGAGCACUUCAGCGAUCGGGCGUACCAUCCCUACGCACGUCGCGUCAGCGGUUUCGACAGGCCCGGCGGCGACGACGGCGGCGGCCGGAAUCCAGCGAGGCGUGAGCCCCGUGACAGUUACGAGCACCGGCGCUACAGCAAGGAGUUCAGGUCAGGAGGACCUUCUGGUCAUGGCCUCCGAUACUACGGAGAUGUGCAGGAGUGA